UGCAAAACGGCGGAGGCAACGAUAGCCAACGGUCGUGUCACUUCAGCAGAAAUGAGCUCCUCUCCGCUUUUCCUUGGUCUUGACCUCUCGACGCAGCAGUUGAAAGCUAUAGUCAUCUCAGAAAAGGGUCACGUUGUCCAUGAGACCUCCGUUAACUUCGACCGCGACUUACCGCAGUUUGGCACGAAGGGUGGUGCCAUUCAAGGGAUGGAAGCAGGUGAGGUAACGUCGCCCGUCGCACUAUGGGUAGCUGCUAUGGACCUUCUGCUCGAAAGGAUGCACGACGAGCACGUCGAGGUCGGCCGCAUCAGAGGUGUCUCAGGCGCAGGACAACAACACGGGUCAGUCUACUGGUCGCAUGAUGCUGCGGCCCUCCUAUCCGCUCUCGACGCUGAGAAGUCGCUCACGGAACAACUGGUUCCGAGGGCAUUCUCAAUCGAGCAGUCGCCAAUCUGGCAGGACUCUUCGACCACGAAGGAAUGCAGAGAACUCGAGGAAGCCGUGGGUGGGAAACAGGCUUUGGCUGAUUUAUCUGGAAGUCGAGCAUACGAACGGUUCACCGGAACUCAGAUAAUGAAGAUACGGAAGAGGAAGCCAGACGCUUACGUCGCUACUUCUCGUAUAUCCCUCGUGUCAUCGUUCAUCCCUUCGCUUUUCCUCGGCGAAUUCGCACCCAUUGACGCCGCUGAUGCAAGCGGAAUGAACUUGAUGAACGUGUUCACCCACAAGUGGGAUGACAGGCUUCUUGAGAUAUGCGGAGGACCUGAGCUUCGAGCGAAGCUUGGUCCGGAGCCUGUAAAUGGUGGUUCGUUUGUUGGGAGAGUCUCUCCAUAUUGGGUGAAGCGAUGGGGUUUCAGUCCAGACUGCCAAAUUGCACCGUUCACAGGUGACAACCCUGCGACUGUAGCAUCCUUCUCCGAGUCCGGUGAUGCAAUUCUUUCCCUUGGGACUUCUACUACCUUCCUCCUUGACAUCCCUCCCUCCAAACUUGCCCCUGCGCGAUUCACGACGUCACACCUCCUUGCUCAUCCAGCUGACGAGGACAGGUCGAUUGCUAUGCUCUGUUAUAAAAAUGGCGGGCUUGCACGUGAACAAGUUCGUGACACCCACGCCGAUGGUUCCUGGGAGAAGUUCAACUCUGCCGUCGAGACGACACCUCCGGGAAAUAAUGGACAUGCAGGGUUAUAUUUCCCUCUCGUUGAGAUUAUCCCAGACUGCGUACAUGGUAAUUUCUACUUUAAGGAUACACAACCUGUUCAAUCGAUACCAGAAGUUGCUCACCCACGCGCAAUCAUCGAGUCUCAAUUCCUGUCUGUAAAGUCCCGCGUCGAAGCCGUUCUCCCACCCGACGCGCCACAUCUAAGACGACUGAUUCUCACAGGCGGCUCAUCUGCAAAUCCAACGAUCCGUCAGCUCGCAGCAGAUAUCUUCGGAUUACCUGCUUACGUAUCUGGAACGAAGGAGGCUGCGGGCCACGGUGGUGCAGUGCUUGCUUUAUAUGCAUGGGUGCGAACGCGAAAUGGCGGACAGGGCUCUUUUGACGACUUGAAAGGUCAUAUUGCAGAUAAUAUGCGGUUGGUAGCAACUCCGAAUCCGGAAAUUACAAAGUUGUAUGAAGGGUUGGUAGGUCCGUAUCGGUCUUGUGAAGACCAGGUAGUCAAGACCUGUGCUGAACGAAGGCGGUUCUGAACUUUUCAUUAGCGGGAUGGUUUUUGCUCGUCGAGAAAGUAGAAAGGUGGUGGAAUAUUUCGGAUGGUUGUUCUCUUUAUCCCCUACUUCUCAUCAUAUCACAACUCGUACAGUUUCACACGCGUAUGAAAAGAAAGAACAGAUAGUCAGUGUUGUGUUGGCGAUAUGGGUGUCUCUAUUUUCCCUUUUUUUUUGUUGGUUUCAUGUUCCUGACCUCGCGAUCUAUGUGCGAAUGUCUGAAGUAAUUCAGAUGAUUGAAUAACAAUUAAUUAAUAUCAAACAUGG